AUGACCACCGCAACGGAUGCAAGGGAAGACAGAACAAGUUAUGAAAAGUGGCUGCGUGAUAACGGUGCAAAAUUCAACAAUGUUGCCUUUGGCCAAGAUCCCAAAACCGCCAUGUCUGGUCUAUUCUCUGCAUGUUCUAUUCCCUCGUCAACUCUCCUUGUCUCCAUUCCUUCCUCUCUCUUCAUAAGCACAUCUUGUUCUUACUCUUUCCUCUCCCCCUUUUUGAACACACUCUCACCACGAGCGCUAUUAUCUCUCUGUCUCCUCUACGAAAAAAAACUCGGCCCAGACUCUUUCUUCUUUCCUUACAUCGAAAUACUACCCAAGAAUGUCCUAACACCGCUAUGGUUCAAGGAAGAGGAAAUGGAAUUGUUGGAGGGGACGAAUUUGGAAGUAGGAGUGAAAAAGAGGAAGGAGAGCUUGAUAAAAGAGUGGAAGGCGAUUAGAGAUUUGCAUGGUGGAAUUACAUGGCCUGACUACCUCUGGGCCGUCUCUAUCAUAACCUCUCGCGCAUUUCCUUACUCCCUGGUCGAUCCAUCCGAUAAAACAUCAGCGGAGGUCCUAAUUCCUCUCGCAGAUGCAUUGAACCACGAACCCAGAAAGAAGAUUCUUUGGAAAUAUGUUAAUGAUACGUUAGAGAUUAUAACCGAGGAAGAUAUCGGGGCUUGUGCUCAAAUUUUUAAUAACUAUGGACCGAAGUCAAACGAGGAGCUACUCUUGGGUUACGGUUUUACAAUACGUAACAAUCCUGAUGACUGGGUAGCAAUAAAAGUUUCAUUUUCGAAUUCUUCGACUCUGUCUCAAACCCAAAUUCCUUCCAGCUCUCAAACUCAUUCUGACGAUUCCUUGGGUUUGGACAAUUCCUCGGACGGUUCCUCGGACGGUUCCUCGUCUCCGGCUCAUAUUCCAUCUAAAAACUACCUCCUUUCCAUUAGUGGUCUUACUAAUACGCGCCAUUUUCUCUUUUCCGACUACAUUCCAUCUGCUCUUCUUGCUCAAUUGCGAAUUCUUGUGAUGACCGACACAGAGCUUGAAUUAUACAUGAAUGCUGCUGGGAAGCAUUGGUGUGAAUUCGUGGGGUAUAGAAAUGAAUUGGCGAUGCUCGAGGCAUUUAGAGAAUUGGCGAGUAUUGAAGUCUCUGGUGAUGGAGGAUAUGAGUUGGAGCAUGAGAUCUACGCGAUAGUCAAUUCGCAAAUACUGUCGCGUCAAAAGUAUAUACUGGAAAACACGCUCUCUCAUGUAUCCACUCGUACGAAUAUGGUGAUAUCGCUUGCUUUAUCUGAGCUGCAUUCUAGUCGGAAGCUCUAUCCCCCAUUUCUCAAAAUAAACAAUGCCACUCUGAAAACCCCCGUGUUCUCUUCUCUCCCUUCCUCCUCCGUCAACCCCAUAACUGCACUUGUAAUUUCAAUAGACAAUGCGAUGAACGAUAAAUUGUUUGCUGAUGCAGUUAGAAAGGUGAUUGACAAUGUUUAUGAGGAAGAAGACGUUGUCCUUAUGUUGUAUUUGAUAUACGAAAGACAGAAUACGACUUCUCCGUGGAGAAAAUUCUUUCAGGCGGUUGAUGGAUACAUAAUGAUGGCUGAGAGUGACAAGGAAGAGAAAGAAAAAAGGAUGCAAAUAGAACAGUUGCAUCGUUCAUUGCAGUUGGGUGCCACGUCUAGUAUAUUUUCUGAUGAGGUCUAUACGAUAGAUAGUUUCAUAUGGGCAGCUAAUAUUAUAGAUACAUUCUCAUUAACAUUUUAUCAAGAUGGAGCAGCGCGUACUGGAAUAGUUCCAACAUAG